UGGGGGAGUCCAUUCAGAAGGCGAUCUGCUCUGGCUGGAUGGCGACCUUAGUUUCUGUGAUGAUCUGAUACUAGGGUGGCUUACCAUGGCCCAGCGGGCAGUGUGGCUCAUACGUCACGAACCGGGAACUCCUCUCGGGGGCACUGUCAAGUUCUCCAGACGAUAUCCUACUGUUGAAAAGCGAGCCAAAAUCUUCAAUGGAAAGAAUUAUGUUCCUGUACCCGAAGAUGGUCCCUUUCUUAAGGCAUUACUCUUUCAACUUAGACUACUGGAUGAUGAUAAAGACUUUGUGGAGAGGCGUGAUAGCUGUUCACACGUCAAUAAAUCAUCUAUUUAUGGGCUUUUAGUAGGAGGUGAAGAGCUCUGGCCAGUCAUUGCUUUUCUGAGGAAUGAUAUGAUAUUUGCAAGUGUUCCACUAGUUGAACAAGUUCUAUCCCCUCGCCCAUCUUUAAUUAAUAUUAGUGGAGUUUCACAAGGCUUGGAACUGCUUUUUGGGAUACAGGAUUUUCUUUACUCAAGUCAGAAAAAUGACACUGACCUAAACACAAAACUGAGUCAGUUGCCUGACUUGAUUCUUCAGGCUUGUCCAUUGGGUACUUUAUUGGAUGCUAACUUGCAGAAUUCAUUGAAUAGUAUUAAUUUCUUGUCUGUGACUCAGCCACAAAAACAGCCAGCCUGGAAAGUUGGAACAUACAAAGGAAAACCACAAAUUUGUAUUUCUAUCAUUGAAAAAGUAAAAUGCAUGCAGUAUGGUAAACAGGAUAUAGCGGACACAUGGCAAGUCGUUGGAACAGUCUCUUGCAAGUGUGAUUUGGAAGGAAUCAUGCCAAAUGUUACCAUCAGCUUGAAUCUCCCUACCAAUGGGUCUCCACUUCAAGAUAUUAUCGUUCAUCCUUGUGUGACUUCUCUUGACUCAGCCAUUCUGACUUCCAGUAGCAUUGAUACAAUGGAUGAUUCUGCAUUCAGUGGGCCUUAUAAAUUCCCAUUCACUCCACCCUUAGAGUCAUUCAACCUAUGCCAUUAUACUUCUCAGGUCCCUGUCCCACCAAUAUUGGGUUCUUAUCACAUGAAAGAAGAAGAAGAAGUACAACUAAAAAUAACAGUUAAUUUAAAACUUCAUGAAAGUGUAAAAAAUAAUUUUGAAAUCUGUGAAGCUCAUAUACCGUUUUUCAACAGAGGUCCAGUUACCCAUGUGGAAUACAAAGUUAGUUUUGGUCAACUUGAGGUAUUUCGAGAAAAAAGUUUAUUGGUCUGGAUUAUUGGCCAGAAGUUCCCCAAAUCAAUGGAAAUUAGUCUUUCUGGGACUCUAACGUUUGGAGUUAAGGGCCAUAACAAGCAGCCGUUUGAUCACAUUUGCAUUGGAAAUACAGCAUAUGUAAAGCUUCAUUUUAGGAUCUCAGAUUAUACACUCACUGGCUGUUAUGCAGAUCAACAUUCAGUUCAAGUUUUUGCAUCAGGAAAACCAAAGAUAAGUGCAUAUCGGAAACUAAUUUCUUCUGACUAUUACAUCUGGAACUCUAAAGCCCCUGCUCCAGUAACAUAUGCCUCAUUCUUACCAUGAUUUUGUUAUAUUCAAAUGAGAUUUAUAUGAUGGUAACCUUCUUUAAUAGAAUCAUAGUAUUUUUAUUUCUUUCAUGUGUAUUCAUAUAACCUGUGACUGAAAAAUCAGAGUGAUUUAUCAGAACAUAUCUAAUGUUCUGAGUCUGAUAAAGUAUUAAAGAAUAUUUUCAAGGCUAA